AUGGUUUAUUUGGUAGAAGAAUCUAAUCAAGUUAUCGAAGGAAAAUCAGCGAUCGUCGAAUCAAAAUCGUUUUCAAGUAUACCAUCCAACGACACGGAACAGGAGUUAUCUGAUAUAUUCUCCGAUACGAUGAAUAUCAAAACACCCGAACGAGUAAUUUUUGUGAAAGAUUCGAAACCAUUAGCGAGACGGAGUGUUCUUUAUUUGGGUGCAGCGAUUCCCGCUGCGGCUGCCAGUGGUAUCGAUUCGAUACAAGAACCAUUGUCCAAACGAUAUCCAAUCAAUGGGGAAGAACAUGCUUGUGGCAUUGAGGCUUGGCUGUCGAUCGAUGAAAAUGGUUUACAGAUACAAUUUCGUGAUGAUCCAUCGAUGAUGGUCUACUAUCCACUUCGUUCGCUUGUUUAUUGUGCUGGUGUACGUUAUGUGAAGCACAGCAAGUCCAAUGGGCGAUCAUCGAAUGGUUAUCGAUUCGUCUCGUUAGAAGAUCCCGAGACAGAUCUGAUUCAAAACGCUCGAAAUCCGCCAAUAUUUGCGGUAACUCUUCAACGGACACGGCAUUUGCCUGUAAAUGAAUGUCACUGCUUCGUCACCAAAACGAAAAGUGCUGCUUUGGAACUAGUCGAAGCUUGUUUUGAUGCUUAUCAAAGCACUAAUUCUGACCAAGACCUUUCGAAAACACCUCUCUAUUUCAAAAUUAGCGAUGACGGUACAACAAUGAAAGAAACGGAUCGUGGAAUUUACAUCGUACCAGCAUCUGACCGAGAAAGACUGUUCAAUUACCAAUGUAGCCGAGAAGCUGACGGAUUCUUCUACAAAACAGAUAAAGUUUUAAUUAAAUGUUGGGAAUUAUCUGAGCAUCGCGGGUCGGCAGAUCGUCACACACUAAGUGAACAUUCAUCAAGUUCACGCUCAUCGCACUACUCACAUCAACAUGAUAAUAAGACAACAGUUCCCAAGAAGCAACAAGCAGUACCGCAAUCUCCAUCUUCAGGUCAUUCAAACGAACAGUCGGUCACGAAACAUACUGAUCCCGACAACCCAAUUGCUAAUUCUUCACGUGUUCAACGUAUCAAAGAUCCAAAUUCAGGUCGAGAUGUGUACGUACGAUGGAUGAAUAACAUGCCAUCUAUUCCAGAACAGUUAACACAAGCAUCCAGUUUUGAGACUGUUGCAAACUCUCUUUCGGAAGAUGCAAUUCAAAAGCAGCUAUCCGCAGAAAUUGUUCGGUUAGCACUGGUAACGACACCUCAAAAACCAUCGAUCACUUAUGAAAAUAAACCAUCUAUCGAACCACCCAAACACGAUAAGAAAAAAUCAUCGAAGAAAAAACAUCGAAAGCAUAAACAUCAAAAUCCUCCACCUAACGACGAUCGCUCGAAACGAAAAACUUCAACAAAAAAAUCUAAACAACAUCGAUCUCGAUACGAUGAAACAUACUAUCCUUCGCCUACAAGCAAUCUGCAGCAAAAUUAUCCAACACCACCUGUUCCUCUUCCUCAGCAAGACUACUCCAAAGCUUCUUAUCCACAACAAUACUAUUCGAAUUCUUCCUAUGUUCAACCGGACCAUAAGCAACCGAUCUACCCUCAACCAUCGUUCUCUUCCGCUUCCUUUCCUGCGAAGCCUUCCUAUACGCCACAAAUAUUUUCAUAUCCAAUCGAUCCUAGUACUUCAUUCAGUGGAAAACCUCUUCCACAAACAGCCUCGUAUCUAUAUCAUACCCUGCAACCGUAUUUAAAUUCGAGUAAUUCGAAUUCAACAACGCCAUAUUGGUUUUAUACGAUGUAA